AUGGACUCGCAUGAUCACUCGGUCAUGGAGCAAGCCUCAAGUAGGCUUGCGGACCUCGCAAAACGCAUCUAUAUACCGUUGACAGCAACUAGUCCGGCAGGCUUGGUGGAAGCCGACACCGUCGACCCCUGGAUUCAAUCUGGGCAAUAUGCAAGGGGAUGGUCGUACUUUGCUAUAGCCCUUAUGCUCGUUGUGGUAUUUGUGCGAAUAUGGCACUGGUGGCAGGACAAGAUACGGCAGGCGAUCUACAAACAAGACGUGGAACAGCAUUACCGAGAUCUAUACAGCCUCGAUCCCGAAUACGCGAUAACUGGUAUGCAAACGAGCCAAACCAACAGGCACUUCUUUCCCGACGAGGGCGGAGAGAAGAAGGACUUCAAGCCAAAAACCGACUUUUCUGCAGUUGGGCCCGUACUCGACGCCCUCGCUCUGUUUAGAUGGGUCUUCUACCGGCCGAUCCCAGAUAUCGUGUGGCGCAAACAUCGAUUCACCUUCUCGUCGCUAGCGGUGUUAGGCAUUGGGUUUCUCGCAUUUGCGUUUGUGGCACUGUACACCUUUCUGAAACAACCCCUAUACUGGGAAAGCAUCCAGUACGGUUCCCCACCGAUGGCAGUCCGGGCGGGCAUGAUUGCUGUUGCGAUGACCCCUUGGAUUGUCGCGACAAGCAUGAAAGCCAAUCUGCUUACGCUAAUCACUGGUAUCGGGCCAGAGCGACUCAAUGUGCUUCACAGAUGGGCGGGAUAUCUCUGUCUCUUUCUCUCGCUCGUACACACUGUGCCGUUUUACGUUCAGCCUGUGUGGGACGAUGGCGGCAUGGUGGUCUACAAGAAACUGUUCCCUCAAGGGAGCGGCGUCAUCUAUGGGACCGGCAUUGCGUGCCUUGUCCCGCUGGUCUGGCUCUGCGUUGCUUCACUCCCUUUCAUUCGCAGAAUUGCGUAUGAAGUGUUCGUUACGCUGCACGUACCAGUUGGAUUCGUGUAUUUGGGCUGCUUAUUCUGGCACACCAAGAAUUACCUGCAGUCUUGGGAUUACUUGUACGCCACCAUCGCGAUAUGGGUCAUCUGCUACGCUAUGCGGUUAUUCAAGCUGAAUUGGAUCAAGCCAUGGCGAAUGUCGUUCAUGGUCGGGGACGAAGCAGCGAUUACUCUGAUGACCGAAAACGCGAUCAAGAUCACCGUCCCUACUCAGAUGAAAUGGAAGCCUGGUCAAUAUGUUUACCUGCGAAUGCCCGGCAUCUCAUUCUUCGACAAUCACCCCUUCACCAUAUCCUCCCUCUGCAGCGAGGACUUCCCUUCUGAAUACGGGGAGCAGUAUAGGGACUGUGUUGUUGUCUUCAAGCCAUAUGGCGGCUUUACCCGAAGAGUGUUGCAAACUGCCAUCGACAAGGGCCCUUUCCACACAUACCGAGCCUAUCUCGAUGGCCCAUACGGUGGGAUGCGUCGAGAACUUGCCGCUUUCGAUACCUGCAUCUUAAUCGCUGGUGGAAGCGGCGUUACAGCGUUGAUGUCGCAACUCCUGAACUUGAUCAAACGAAUGCGUGACGGAAAGGCCAUCACCAAGAAAGUAGUGGUCGUGUGGGCGCUGAAGCGACUGGAAUCAAUGGACUGGUUCCGAGAGGAAUUACGCAUCUGCCGCGACUCGGCGCCACCAGAGAGUGUGACGUGCAAGUUCUUCGUCACCUCGGCCGUGAGACAGUCCCGGAUUCCGCCCCAGCGCGAGCGGGCGCCCCGUCCUCUCAGCGGUGUCUUCCACGAUAGGUUGGAUAACUUCGUAGCCGGCAUCGCUUCCAAGCGCCAUUCACAUAUGAUCAACGACGAGGCGCAAGAUAAUCCCGAGUACGAGCGCGAGCUGCGCGCCGAGGACGAGGACAGGUUCACAGCACUACCUCAGCAGAAAUACCUCCAACCGCAUCAUAUCCCACCACACACGAACCGCAUGUCGGCCCAGGAGGACUCGUUGCGCAAGCUCGAGGGCCGCGAACAGAGGGAUGCGGAGGGUCUUUAUGAUGAAAUCCCCCCAGCUCCAUUAAACGGCUUUCCAGAAGACAAGCCGAAACGGGAGUUCCACUUCCCACCUCUGCAGACGCGACCCGAUCUGCAGCCACAUUUCAACUACGCACCACCUGCGCCAUCGCCGCGCAGAUUCCCGCCGCCCCCUGGCGCAGAAGACGCAGACGCCUCCGACGGCGGCGUGUCGCACGACAUGUUCCCGCGGCCACCCGAGUUCGCGCACCUGCGCACGACGAACCUGCCAGCAGCAGGCCAGGGCCAGCGGCCGACGUCGACGUUCGGCCCGCCGUCGGGGUUCGACUUCGGGUUCCCGGCGACGCCGACCGAGUUCCAAAAAUCCCUAAUGCGGUUCGCCUUUCCCGUGCCGCACCAGAUGGACGGCGAGGGCGGGUGGAGCGUCGAGUACGGGCGGCCGGACCUGGGCUACAUGCUGCGCGAGUGGACCACGGGCGGCGCGGACGGGCGGGGGAUCCUGGGGCGGCGCACGGCCGUGUUCGUGUGCGGGCCGCCGGGCAUGCGCGUUGGUGUUGCUAACACGGUUGCGCGCCUGCAGGCGGAGAUCUGGGGCGAUCCGCUGCUUGAGGAGAUCUUUUUGCAUACGGAGAAUUAUGCGCUUUGA